AUUUCUAGUUGGUCUUCAAAAAAAAGGCAACCUCUUCCUCUGGCACAAGGACAAUGACGUCUUGCGCCACAUUGCCGGUGUUCCUGACGUCCUGUCCAGUACACUGGUCACUGCUGCAGACAAAGAGGAUAAAGCUGCAACCACCAAACCAAGCCUGUUUGUCUCCGAUGAUGCUUGCCAGAUUCUACUCGUAGUUGGCAACUCAAAUCUUUACCUAUGGGAGAUGAAAAACAAGGCGUCGCUGUUCCACUCCAAAGAUCAAAACUUACAAGGAAAGUGGUCCCAUAUAUCUGCAGGAGACACAAAGUUGCCACUGCCUACCAGUAAAGAUGUUGUGAUCGAUGCGGUCUUCUUCAGUGAUCUGGUACUUGGUAAAUGUUGUUCCUGUAGUUUUGUGUUUAACUUUGGAAGCUCUCUACAAAUAUCAGCUGUUCUUUUACGAUGGUUAAAUCAGUCCAACAUAUUCUCAUCAAGAGAACCAACAUACUCAGCAGAAUGGACAUCACUGAGAACACCAUUGUCUAGUUUGGGAUCUUCCUGCAGCCCUAUGCUACAUAGAGGUGCAUUUGUAGCCAGACACACCAAUGAUGGCUCUACACUUGCCAUUGCUAUCAACCAACAAGUACCACAGAAUACCAAAAUGAUGUUUGUCUCAACAAUGACGUCUACAGCUGUGGUCUCAGAUAUGAAGAACUGUGGCAGCAAAAGCAAGAAUCCACCCACACAGCUUGCAAGAUCGUAUCGUGUUGGUAGCAUGGAAUGGACCAUCGACUCCCUAUUCCUAGUUUGCAUAACUAUGAGAGGAUCUUUAUGUAUAUUCUCACGGCUUGGUGAACUGCUGGUCUUGCAAGCUGAAGGGUGCUCUGUUGAGUUGGGUCCAGCUUAUUUUUUACCCUUUCAUCCUGUUAUUACUAUCAGAACAAUGAAUAAUGAAGAUGGGAAUGGUAACUCUGACAACUCUGAAUCUGACCCAAUGAAGCAACGUUUUUCGGUGACAACACAUCCCACACAACCAAUGAUACUUUGCUCAGAUGGCUAUCUGGUGACAGUGCUGUCUCUACCAGCAGACCUCACAUGUGAAGCAACAAUAGAACAGUACCUUAUAGAAGGACAUGACACUCUUUCAAAGCUGAAUGACCAGUGGCAACUUGGUGUAACAUUAAAGCCACUAGUAUUCACAAAGAUGGUAAAGCCAAAAGCAGCUGAAAUACUAGUUAGUCCAAACCAAAACAAUUCACACCCUUUUCCAUCAUUGAAAAGAAGUGCUUUCUUUGGAUUCCGUAAACCUGAAACACUGAAUCUUGCGGCAGACGUGAUAGACGGUCGUGAAAAGUGUGCACUAACAGCAAGUAGCGAUUUCUCAGAUUAUGGUAAACCAUUUGAUUCGGUGAAUGAGGGUAAAAUAAUGUUUGGAACAAUGGAUAGUAUUGAUGGAAGGGUUGAAACAAGUGCUGACUUCAAUGAGCUGUUGGUGCUGGUGAAAAAAGCUCAUCGAGCGAUAUUGUCAGCCUGGGGUCUUGGAGUCUCAGUAACUGACAAAUGGUCUUUACAAUUGGAAUCACUGAUGCAGCACACAGCACGUUUAAUCAGUAUACUAAUGCAAGUUCUCAUGAAAUGCGAUGGUAAUUUACUCAGGACUGAUUCUACCAACUUGUUGAGGAACAACUUUUCAAAGUUUGCUAAACGCUAUCCUCGUAUUUUCAGGGUUCUUCUUCUAUUCAAAUGUACAAUGAAUCUACUUCACUGGGAUACACUCCAUAAAAACUUGCUUCCACAUAUGCUCAAGUUGAUCCAUGACGUGAUCCAGCAUUUGUUGACUACUAGUAGUGGCAAAAACAAACACGUAAAAGCAUUUGCCUGCUUGUACCGCAUGUUACAUUAUUCAGAAUUCCAAAUCAACUCAAUUUACUCAUACACAAGUGUUGUACAACCAAGCUUUGAUUUUGCACACCUUGAAAGAAAGUUCUAUGAGAGUGAUGUGAUGGAAUCGGCAGUCUUCCAGAACAUUGCGAGUCAUCAAGACGUUGAAAAAGCUGUACCUGUUGCUAGGCUAAAAGCUAUAGCAACCGUUCAGGAGAUCCUAGACCAAACCAAAUCGUUGCGUGGGUCUCUGACACGCUCACUCUGGCAUUCAGGAACCAAAGUGGCUAGUAGACAUCUGCCAGCUAAAAGAUUAAUGAUGUCCUGGAAACUUUUGCACCAAAAGUUGACAAGUUUUUACAUUGAACUGUCUUAUCAAGCAAAGCAGGCUCCACAAGAUGACAAAGUUCAGAAGCAGAUUGAGAAACUCCACAUAUUGAUUGCCUUCACUCAGACAAGUUUAGCUAAGCUAGGCUGCAGUAUCCCCGUCAUCUUUAAUAAGAGACGCUCACAUGCAAGGAGAAAGAUCUUCCUAAAAGGUAUAAACGUCACAUUCACUUAA